AAUUAAUUGUAUUUGAUUUAUCAACAUCUUUUUUAUUUCAGAUGAGUCCAAUAGAAAACGCCAUCCCCCCGAUGGUGGAGGCGCCCAUAGAAAAUGCCAUAGAACUGAGGAAAAAACAGGACAGAUCACGAGUUCUUUUUGGAAUCCAGCUUGAGGUAACAAGUUUACUUCUGGAAGCUGAAAGAAGAAAAUUGAACGUACUACAAAAAGAAUUACAAGUUGCAUUGGAGGAAGGAGGGUCCAUAAAAGCUAAGGAGCAUCAAAAACAAGAAUUAUUGGUUGCCAUUGCGCGUAUCCAGACGCAACACGAUCACUUGGAUAAGGAAUAUCGAGAGCAGGCUUUGGGAGUUCUUUUGUCUGUUAAUCACAGAGGAUUUGGCAAGGUAAAUUGA